AGGCGAAGUUGUUCAGGAGGCAGUUCAUCUUAUUAGCUCAAGAAACAUGGCAGAGCAGGUCACUGAGAUGGCGAUCAAAGUGGAUCUUCAGUGUCGUCGCUGUUACAAGAAGAUCAAGAAAAUUCUGUGUGAGAUCCCUCAAGUAAAAGAUACAACCUUUGACGAGAAACAAAACACAGUGAAGAUCAAAGUGGUGGGUUGCGAUCCCGAGAUGGUCCGACGAAAGAUAUGUUGCAAGGGAGGAGAUAUCAUUCUAAGCAUCAACAUUAUUCCCCCCAAGCCUAAAAAAGAGGAAAAGCCUAAAAAAGAGGAAAAGCCCCCUCCACCGGUGCUAGGUUACCCGCUGGGAUAUGUGAUCAGGAAGGUGUAUGUUUGUCCCUCAUGUCAUAAUCAGGGUUGUGGUCGGUUCUGUCCAUGCAACUGUCACGGCGAGGGGCCACCAAUGUGUGCUGAUGGAUGCAGGAGGCCAGCCCACGAGUGCAAAUGUAACAGGCCACCGAUGUGCCAUGGUGGGUGUGGGAGGCCAGUCCACGAGUGCAGAUGCAAGAGGCCACUGAUGUGCUAUGAUGGGUGUGGGAGGCCGGCCCACGAGUGCAGAUGCCAGAGACCUAUUUACCCACGGUGUUGCGAUCGCUGCAGCUAUGGAAACGCAUCUUCAUCAUGCCUGCAACGUUGUGACUACGGAAGGCCGCCGGUAUGCACCAAUGCCGGCUACGAUUGCGAAACUCCCUGCUCACUUAUGUGAGGAGAGUUUUGAGGUAUUGAUGGAAACGAGGUUCCCCAUGACUUGGUGUUUUUACGAGAUCUAUCGAAUCAUGAAACUCCCUGCUCUCUCGAUGCUCUUUUCACUGCCUCAAUAAAUACCAACAAUUGAGUUAUGAAAUGAGAUUUUAGCAACAGUUAAAAUUUACUGAGGCAUUGAGGGGAGCACGGUAUAUAUAGUAUGUUCCAUUUGCAUCUUGAUUAUGUGUGUGCAUGAAGGUUGAUAUGUUGUAUUAUUCUUACCAUAGGUUUAAACUUAUUACCCUUUGUAUUACCUAUCACCUACGGUGGUCUUUAAUGUAUUUGCUGAUUUGAUGCUUGUAAUAUAUGGUUACGGGUGUAUCAUGGCUGAUAAGUUUAUUAGAUGGAUAUUACCUA